GCCGUGGCGUCACACGGCUCACAGCAACCUCUAACUCUUGGGCUUACGCGAUUCUCUUGCCUCAGCCUCCUGAGCAGCUGGGACUACAGGCGCCCGCCACAACGCCCGGCUAUUUUUUUUUUUGUUGCAGUUUGGCCGGGGCUGGGUUUGAACCCGCCACCCUCGGCAUAUGGGGCCCGGCGCCCCACUCACUGAGCCACAGGCGCCGCCCAACAGUCUCUUAUUUCUAAAGUGGUAGUCGCUCUUCUAAAACUUUUAAACCAAAGAAGAAUAUUCCAGAAGGUUCUCACCAGUAUGAACUCUUAAAACAUGCAGAAGCCACACUUGGCAGUGGCAACCUCCGGAUGGCUGUCAUGCUUCCUGAAGGGGAGGAUCUGAACGAGUGGGUUGCAGUCAACACUGUGGAUUUCUUCAAUCAGAUCAACAUGCUGUAUGGAACCAUCACAGACUUCUGCACAGAAGAAAGCUGUCCUGUGAUGUCAGCCGGCCCCAAAUAUGAGUAUCACUGGGCAGAUGGAACAAACAUAAAGAAGCCUAUUAAGUGCUCUGCACCAAAGUACAUUGAUUACCUGAUGACUUGGGUUCAGGACCAGUUGGACGAUGAGACCUUAUUUCCAUCAAAAAUUGGUGUCCCAUUUCCGAAGAAUUUCAUGUCUGUGGCAAAAACUAUACUGAAGCGCCUCUUCAGGGUUUAUGCACACAUUUAUCACCAGCACUUUGACCCUGUGAUCCAGCUGCAGGAGGAAGCGCAUCUCAAUACAUCUUUCAAGCACUUUAUUUUUUUUGUCCAGGAAUUCAACCUUAUUGAUAGAAGAGAACUCGCGCCACUCCAGGAACUGAUUGAAAAACUCACCUCAAAGGACAGAUGAGGGACGCAGAGCUGUGGAGAUCGCUCCUCAGAUGAUGCAGCAUGCAGUGUCUUUGGGGUUCUGUUGUAUUUUGUUUUUAUCUGGAUCAUUUCUGUCUUAGAUUUGGGGCUUGUUUGGGGUCCUUCUUCUUUAUUCUGAAUGUAUAAAACCAUUUUUUGUUGCCAGAGAAAGCAAGGACAUUCUCUAUACAUUUGAGUGGGGUAAAUUUUGUCUUAGUAGCAUAUGAUAUAUAUAUAUUUUUAACUUGGUUUUGGUUACUUGAGGAGUUUUUAAAUAAUAUUGUGUGCUGAAAGGAAAUGGUCAUUGAUCAAACUGCCAAUGGAUGGAGUUCUGUGUUAUGUAAAUUGUGGCCCAUUUUGAAGUCCCCAAAAGACUUAAGUUUUUAAGUGCCUUGGCGGGCUCACUUCUGAGGUACAAAGCACAGAUAUAGGCACAGAACUGAACAGGGCUUGAAACAAUGUUAGGAUUACUUCCCAGGGCACUUACUGGUGCAUGUUGUGACAAAUAUCUGUGACAAAAGCCAUAGUUUACCUAAAUUGGUGAUCUCCAGCUUUUACUACUUUGAAGAAAUGUAAUUUAUAAAGAUAUGCAUGUAGAACAUAAAAAAAUCAGUGUUUCUUAAUUAUUUUUGAUAUUGACAGUAGUAUGUUCUGUUCAACAAGUGCUUUAAGUUCUUUUUCCAUCUCCUGAUAAUCUGUGAUAUUGAGAUUUGAGGAUAUUGAAAUGUAAUACGCAUUUUGGCUUUUUCCACAUGUUAACUACACUGUAGGUGAAUAAUUCAGGUCAUACAUAGGAUUGCCAUCCUCAGAGGUGAUGCUGAACUGUGAGGUUUCUUAGCGAUUGCCAAAAGAGUCAUAAGGGGCUGCAGAAGCCCCUUCUCCUUUGAAGAGGAGGUGAUAGAAGUAUGUGUGGUUGGGGGCCGGUGAGGGAAGGGAAAUUAAGUAUGGAAAGUCAAGUUCUAGAAAAUCCUGUCUUUAAAACCCUUGAAUAGGAUGGUGUGAAGAUUUUAGUCAAUAACUUAUAAACAAGUCUUAGAGACUUCUUUUUAGGAAGCAACUUCCAUGAGAAGUUAAAAAUAAAUUAGUAAUUUUAAGUAUAGACAUUAAAUAUAGAAUAUAAGGACUGUUUGGGGAAAUUGAUCACUUUUUAACAUUUCCAUUCAGUGAAUGGAGCUGAUGUUUGGCUAUCAUUUUAAAAUGAUACAGUACCUUCUUAACUUAUCAUAGGCCCAAUUUGAAGCAUUCUGACUUCUGAUUUUUCCACUGUGAAAGGAAAUCUUUUUCUUUGCAGUGAUAUCAAAUAAUGAAAAUGCUAAUUAAGUAGUUAAUAACUUUUAAAUCUUAUUUGUCAUGACUUCCUAGUGAGUUAUUACCUUAAGUAACAAGUUCACAUACUUAGUUUUUAAAAAGUUACUAAUUUUUUUUACUUCAGUUUUAUUCUUAAGAGAUAUCCUUUUUAGAUUUCUAGUUCUAAUCUUGUCAUUUCUGGUAAAUGUGCUUUUUUCAGUUAGAAUUAUAUUCCUUCAGUUGAAACAUAGACUUUUUCCUUGUAGAAUAGAAAUGCUUGUUCUGAAAUUGUACAGAUUAAAAACAAUAGAAAAGAAUAUAAAAUGAAAUCAAUUUGUUUUUGCCAUUAACAAAUAGAGCAGUGGUACAAUCUAAUGCCAUUACAAUUAUGAACACCAGGAGCUGCCUUCUUCUCCAUUUCCUUUCUAGCAAUUAUUAACCAGGUACCAACAGUGCAGGUAACAGGAGAGAGCCUGACAGAGGCAAAUACAUUGGACAUUUAUUGGUAUAGUUCAUUUAUAAACUGCAUUGAGAACUAGUUGACUUAGUUAAGCAAUCUUUUAGUGUCCAAGUAGAUAAUAACAACCACUGUGGGUUGAUUCAGAAAUAAAAUUGGUGUUAAGUGAUUCUGAGUCUUACCUGUUUGGGAAAAUGAAGCACAGCAUUACACAAAUAGUCUUCCAGUCUGCAUCUGACUUCCUGUGAAAUAGCCAAGUAUAAAGAGAAUAGUGAAAACGUGUUCUUUCUCUUUUAAGCCUUAUAUAGUAGUAUGCUGUAAAAAAUGUAAAAAUAUUUCUAUAAAUUAAUGUUUAGUAGUAGGCACAUUCUCCCUUUGUAUAUAGAUAGAAGAUUAUUUUCCCUGUGCCAUAAUCUCAGGUGCCUGUUUCUGAGUUUUUCUUUUAGAAUUAUUAGAAAAUAAGGACGUAUGUAUAUAGAGGAUAACAAAGCCUGGAAGUUAACUAGGAGAAGGCCUGGCGCUGUACAUGGUGUUAUAUGGCUACACGUAAGGAAGUCACAGAGAAUAUGAGGAAGAACUGAUUUAAUAAAAAGAUGGAAGUUAACUAGGAGAAGGCCUGGUGCUGUACACGGUGUUAUAUGGCUACAAGUAAGGAAAUUACAGAGAAUAUGAGAAAGAACUGAUUUAAUAAAAAGAUUUGAUUUGGUUGGUUCCAAUGAAAGUUAGUAAGAUGUCUUUUUAAAAAUAAGAAUCAAAACUUGGCUUUGCAGCAGAGUUUGGUUAUAAAUGUCUAUUUUGUUCUUUUUAGAGUUCUUUAAUUUAUAAAUAACAAGGAUAAUUAUUUCCUCCUGCUUUUUAUACGUGAAUAUAAAGCAAAGUCGGUUUUCUCAUCCUUUGUUAAGAGCGUCCCAUAAAAUAUAAAGCACUAAUCGUGUUACUGUCAGUCACGGUACUUUGGUUAAUGUUAAUAUGAAGCAAGUUUUUGGAAUUAUUUUAGAUAAUGGAGAAAAGUUGUGGUAGAGAGAAAUUAACUGAGUGAACGUCUUUUGGUCGGGAGUAGGUGACUGUCUUUCUUUGCUGUCUUUCUUUGAUGUUCCCUUGCCCAUAAACACCAGGGUGUCACACUGCACUGUGCAGUAAGCAAGUGUUAGCUGGGAGAGACUUGGGAGCUUGGUUUACUUUAAACCAAAAGAUUUCAGAUUGUUUCUCUCUACUUUCCCUCUGUUAGUCAUUUAUAAAUUCUAAAUGGUCAGCAUAGAAUGUAUCAGGUAGAUGUGUUCAGUGUGUAAUAGAUCUAAGACUGAGUUACAGCCCGGCUUAUCAGGAUGGAUAAAACACUACAGUCUCUUAUCAGGAAACAUGGAUGAUGUGAGUAUUUAUAUUGUACAUAAUCACAAGACUCCAUGUUAUGUGUUAGCAUUUUCCUUGCUUAUGGGAAAAUAGCAAAAUAGCAUUUCCUUUAUACCUUGUCUACACCCUCUCUGAGAGAGGUUUUGAUUACCACCGAAAUAGUACAAUAUGUGAGAUAUAUAUAUUAAGUUGUAGAACUUUCUUUUAGAAUGAUUGCGUCACAUCUGAACAUCCACAGGACAGUUGAUCUUGAGAGUGGUUCACUUGGGCACUGCUCACCUCAGCCAUGUACAAAGUGUGGUGCAUUUGAAUCCUCCUAGUGACACCAGGAGUCAGUUUGUGACCAGGCAGGAAAAUCAGUUGCAUCAUUGAUUCAAAAUCAAUUGCAUUAUUGUUGUAGUUGCACCACAUAUUUGGCAGCUUAAUAUGACCUCUUUUAAUCACCAAAGUAUGAUAACUUAGCUGUUCUCUCAGAACUAAAGCAUUAUGGAUGUUCAAAAGAAUGUUGCAUAGCUUUAGAAUUUGCAGAAGAAAAUAUUUUAAGCAUUGGUAUCAUCUUUGAAUAAAGGAAUAAAUUCCAAUGUCAUUCUGAAGUGGACAAUAUCAUUGGAUGUGUAGGUUUUACUUUUAAAAAAAUUCAGUUCAAUUACCUUCUAAUUAAAUAGCAUAUUAAUUAAAACAAAACUAAGAACUUUUCUAUUUUCUUUGUUUUCCUGAAAUUGUUUCAAUUUUAUCUUGACUCUUGUAUUAUAAUUUUGAUUGAAUGCAUAGUAUCAAAAAUGGAUCCAAUAUUUAACAUAGAAGUAGUUCAAGGAAAUAGCCUUUACCUCUAUUCUUUUUUUUUUUUUUUUGGAGACAGAGUCUCACUUUGUCACCCUCGGUAGAGUGCUGUGGCAUCACAGCUCACAGCAGCCUCCUUCUAUUGCCCCUUAUCUUUUUAUAAACGAAAGUUUUCACUUAAAUGAAUAAUUUGAUUUUAAUUAAAGAGUGGGGAUUAUUGGGCAGUGCCUGUGGCUCAGUGGGUGGGGUGCUGGCCCCAUAUACCAAGGGUGGUGGGUUCGAGCCCAGCCCUGGCCAAACUGCAACAAAGAGAUAGCCGGGCGUUGUGGCGGGCACCUUUGGUCCCAGCUACUGGGAGGCUGAGCCAAGAGAAUUGCCUAGGCCCAGAAGUUGGAGGUUGCUGUGAGCUGUGUGACGCCAUGGCACUCAACCGAGGGCGAUAAAGUGAGACUCUGUCUCUACAAAAAAAAAAAAAGAGUGGGGAUUAUUAUACAAAGAAAUUGGAAUAAGUUUUAUGUAUUAUGCUGAGUUUUAAGCCUAUAUUUCACAAAAUAUUUAGAACUAUAUAACCAUUUCCUAUAUUAUCUGUAACUUAAAAUUUUAAAUGUCUUUUCAGAAGAUGUGGGACCAAAAGUACAUUUGUAAUAUGGAAAUGUGACUGCAUACCAAUAAGAAAAUUUCUCUUACUUUGAAACUUAACAGGACUAGGAAAGAAUAUACCAAUUUUUAGAAACACAGAUCUGUACUUCAAGGACCACUGUAAGAUAAUUUAAAUAAUUACCACAAUUAUUUUGUCAUAAUGUUAAGAAUCACCAUUAUUCAGCUAUCAGCUUAAGUGAGUGAGUUGAUCAGAGUUUAGAGGUAAAGCUAUGUCAAGAUUGAAUGGAAAAGUUUAAUUUGAAAAUGUAACAAAAAUUCUGAUGGCAGAUGAUUUGAACUUUUAAGGCUUUCCUAAUAAACUAAUCACAAUUCAUUUUGAAGUUAUCAAGCUAUGCUUCGCAUCUGUCACUCAUAAUCAAACUGGUUCGCAUUUUGGCAAAAGGCAAAUAUAGAUUAAAAUGUUGGGCACUCUCAGUUUUGUAAGUGUAAUACAGGUUUUUCUUCAUGUAAAACAAUACAACAGAAAACUUUGGAUUACAAUUCUCAAAGAUAGCAAAAUCAUAGGCCUUUUCCAGCUGUAUGUUUGCCCCCUCAUCCCUCAUGUGGGCACACACCUGUGCACAGUUGUGCAUAUAUACACAUACACACCCCCGCACACACUUGAAAAGAAAGCAGGUAGGUGGAUUUUGCAGGUCUUUAUUGUUAGAGAUUCUCAGUGCUUACUGUUAAUUUCAAUACAGAGGUUUCAGUUUGUUUUGGUUGACAGCUUUCUUUAAAUUAUAUCAACCAAAUCUGAGACUAUAAAUGAUAGAAAGUUAAAAUUUUUAUUAAUAAUUUAUUCAUAUAUUAUUCUUAUAGGUGGGUGUUUGUUACAGUUUUGCACAAUUUUUAUUUUUAUUUUUUGUUUCUGAAAUACUUAGAUGUGCAGGUUGUAAAAUAGAUUAGUGUAUUUUGAUUUUAAAACAUUUUUCUCCUUAAAUUGUUUUGCAGGCAGAAAUGACUAUUUUUAGGGAAAAUAGUUUUUUAUAGCCAUGAAAUUGUAUUUGUUAUUUUUGUACAUGCAUGAUGCGGGCGGUGAAGGCACUAAUCUUGUAGAGGACACUGACUUUUGUUCUACUUGAACUUUUCCUAUUCAUUUGUUACUUACAAGUACCACUAGCAACAGUGUAUGAAACUGGGGUUGAGAGAGAAUACAAUAUAUAAUAUGAGAACAUGUAAAGAUUGAACAGAAAUCAUUUCUGAACACAAAAACAGAGGAAUACUGCCAUUGCCGUGUAAUGGAAGCAUAAGGGUAGCCUUUACACUGUGGAGGUGUUAAAAGAACACAUAAAGAUGGGCAUCCUGCUCUCCUGGGGAUACAGUUCUGUAUUACAACAGCUAGGAGGGGGAAAUUGUGUUCUAAGAUAGGACAUUGAACAUGGGCUCUAAAUUAUAACCUAUGUCAAGAUAAUGCAAAUUCUAGUUGUUUAUCAAAGUUUAAUUGCUUUAUCAUUUUUAUUUUAAAAGGGGAUGCUGAAUGUCAGAAAAUCUGUAGUAUGUUUAUUUGAAAGAUGUAAAUGUGUACAGACUUGUAUGUGAAAGGAUGGGAAAUAUUUAAAUUCUAGGUUUUUCUUUUAAGGAAGAAACUGAAUGUUUAUAAGAAAAGAUUAAUAAAUACUUAUGUUUGGCCAUGAAUUCUGACAUUGUAUUAGUUUUUGUUUUUGCUAUAGGUAGUCCCAAACUAAACACAUUCCAAGGGAAAUAUUGAUGGCAUAUAGAACAUGUUGAACAUUUAAAAUGUUACACAUCAUUUUCUGUAAUGUUCAUAACAACCCUGUGUUGGUAUCUCAGUGACUUACAUACUAGAAAGCUAAAGCUCAGAAAUUGUAUGUGGUCUUGAUUUGGACUAAGAUUUAAAAACUCUAAUAUGCCUGAACUUGAAGUCAGUGUUUUUUUUUUUUUCUUUAGUGUGUAGUACGACGAGAAUAAUUGUCAGCAAAAUAAUGAAUCAUUUGUUGGCCUUUCCACCUAGCUGUUAUCUAAUGUCUUCUUUAUAUGUCAUUAAGAAACAUUAAUAAAU